AGCCCUUUGGCUGGAGGAGAACACUUUCUUACAGAGUAGAACUCGUGAGACGUGAGACUCUCUCGAGAAUGGGCUGUGCUGCGAGUGUGAGUGCAAAGGUCGUGGACUUUGAUCCGGUGGCUGUCGACCUUGCAGGAGACGAAGUGGCAAAACAAUCAACUCUUCGCUCCUGGACAGCAACACCCAUCCCUGGUGUGCCAUGCCCGCCCAAUCGCACUAUGCAUGAGCUGCACUUGAUGAAGAUGGAGAAGUAUGCGGGCAAGAUUGAGAAAGCCCCGCACGAGCUCCACAUCAAAGUGGCAUGCAAACGGCUCGAUGCUGAGAUCCUGUCCGAGCAGAUCCUCUCAGAGCAGAUGACAGAGUCUGAGCGAAUCCGUCCUUAGAGUCCGACCUCUUCGCGGCGCACUUUCUGAGGUGUUUCGUACAGUUUUUUCUGUUG